AUGGGAGUGACGCAGAUAGUACUAAUAGUCUUGGUUUUUCGAAAAAAAAAAUUGUUGAAAAUUCCGUCAAUUUUUUGUUCAAAUACUAUUUUUAUCAGUUGACAUAAAAUUAAGAAUCGUUCAGACGAUUCCUGGUUUAAGCCGGGUUGGCGCAUCACCCAGGCCUCUAUGUUGCUCAUACUGGUCUAGUAGCUUGCUGGAUAGCUGAGUUGAUGUGUCGAUUGUAGCUAACGUUAGCUGGUGGGCUACAGAAUAGCAAAAGAAGAUAAAGAUGCCGCAGCCGAAGUCCCGCAAGAUCGCCAUCCUUGGAUAUAGAUCUGUGGGAAAGUCCUCUUUAACUAUCCAGUUUGUGGAAGGCCAGUUUGUUGACUCGUAUGAUCCCACCAUAGAAAACACGUUUACGAAAAUGAUCACCGUCAACGGGCAGGAGUACCACCUGCAGUUGGUAGACACGGCCGGCCAGGACGAAUACUCAAUCUUCCCUCAGACGUAUUCUAUAGACAUCAAUGGAUACAUCCUGGUUUAUUCAGUCACAUCCAACAAAAGUUUUGAAGUAGUAAAAGUUAUUCAUGAAAAGCUGUUGGAUAUGGUGGGAAAGGUUCAAGUGCCCAUUAUGUUGGUUGGGAAUAAAAAAGAUUUGCAUAUGGAACGGGUAAUCAGCAGUGAAGAAGGAAAGGCUUUAGCCGAGUCCUGGAACGCCGCCUUCAUGGAGUCCUCUGCUAAAGAAAACCAGACUGCUGUGGAGGUGUUUAAGAGGAUAAUCCUGGAGGCUGAGAAGAUGGACGGAGGGGCGCCGCAGGGCAGGCCACCAUGCUCGCUCAUGUAAUUCUGCCCAGUCGCCGCACUGGAUGCUGGGAUAUCCCUCUACUUGAAGGCUGACUGCCUGUUUUUCUCCUCCAUGUAAAUGUUUAUUUUAUUUUUAUUUUUUUACAUCACACUUUUGUUUUUUUUGUGCGUGUGUGUUUGUGUGUGUGUGUGAAUGUGUGUGUCUUUCAUAAGUGGGCAGUGAAAUAGGGAUGCAUCUGUUACUCAGCCACACCCCCUUACCCAUGUCCCACUGCCCCGCCCUGUGAAGCCCCACCUCCGAUGUGAAAGAUGAACCUUUUAUGUUCCAUUUUUCUCCUUUUAAUAAUUUCUUCUUUUUUACUUGGUUUCCCUUCACACUUCCUUUAUCAGUUUGUAUAUUGUAUUUCUUAAAAGAUAAUUAUGGCCAAAAAAGUUGCCAGCAUUCAUUUUCUUGUGUAGUGAAAUGUUCAAAUCUUUUUUGUUUUUGGAUUGUAAUCAUUAAAGCAGUAUAUUGUUACAGUAUUAUUCUGAUUAGUGUCUGUCCGCAUCGUGAUCAUGAACUUAUACUACGGCUUAUAGUGUGUUCUGUUAAUAUGAAACCUUCAUAAAAACACUGUAUUCCAUUUAAUCAUAGAUUCAUAGAGGCUCAACUCCAAGGUCCAGAUUUAUAUAUUGCAAGGACCAGUGUUGGAUGCACACAAUGCAGUGGCGUACAUGAUGUAAUUGUCACUUUUUUAUUCUGCCUAUUUUCGGCACCACAGUUUUAUCUUGCCGUUUUAUUUCAUGGGAGUACUCUGCACCUGGGUGCUAUUUUUACUGAGCUAAGCUGACGUUUUGAGAGCAAGAUUCACCAACACAGGAACAGCUACGUUUUCCAGCUGCUUGGAACAGAACACAGAAAUAGCCACCGGCUGUCACUGCAUCGUAAACGGUUAGAAUUGGUGAGCCAACACUUUCAUUCUGGCAAUUUCCAGUGCUCCCGUUUUAUUUCUGCAGUGCAACAGUGAUUCAAGCCGUGGUCUUUAAGAUGCCCACAGGUGAUGGGAAUGCCGCAGGGGGCCAAUGACAGUGGCCCAAUUUGAAGUCUGAAUUUUCGCUUACUAAGCAUUGGCCAAACUAAUUAAUGUGAGGAGACAAGCUCCUGUCGGAACUUUUUUUUUUUUUUUU